AUGGCCGGAAAAGCGGCAACUUGGCCCGAUUGGCCAGAGUUCGUCAAAACUACUGCCGAAAGCGGGGACGAUCUCGUUGGUUACAAGACAGCUAUCGUCGAAAAAUAUGGCAAAGAGUCCCUAGUCAAGAGCUGGCUGAAGGUGUGCAAGGAACUUGCGUCGGUCACAGCCAAGAUUUCGGCAGCCGGAAACAGCAUCAUCCCCGAAGUCCAGUACGGUGACAUGUUUACCCUGGACCCGGAGGAGAAACAGAAGCUGAAAGACACGGGAUGUUUCAUUGUCCGGAACGUGUAUACCCGUGAGCAAGCUGAUGAAUGGUUCAAGAACUUGAAGGACUACGUGGCGGCAAACCGACCAUCCAUCCGAGGCUGGCCCGUCGAAACGCCCUUCAUUCUCAAUCUGUACUACUCACCCACCCAGAUUGCCGCUCGCUCGCACCCGCACCAACUCAAGCUCAGCGAACAGCUCAAUACGUGGUGGCACGACGAUGCGGGAGUGAGCUCCCCAGAGCCUCUUUCGUACGCCGACGGGGUUCGAAUUCGACCUCCAGGUGUCCAGUUCUACGGCCUUGGCCCGCACAUUGACGCCGGGUCGUUGUCCCGCUGGGCCGAUGCUACAUAUCAGUUAGCAUAUGGGGCCGUGUUUUCUGGUAACCCGGAGCUGCUAGACAACUAUGACCUGACCCAUCGCAAGAGCGCGAACCAGGCGCUUUUCCCAGGAUCAGCUCACUCUCGCGUCUUCCGGAGCUUCCAGGGAUGGACGGCGUUAACCUCAACGGGCCCCCGGGAAGGUAGCCUGAUGCUUUACCCUCACGUGAAGUGGACAAUCGCGUACGUUCUUCUACGGCCUUUCUUCAAACAACCCGAGUCCGAAGAAGACAUUAUGGAUGCUACAAAGUGGGAGUUUGACGACACUACGCCCUGGUUUCCGGGGACGUUCCGAGAUAAUAGCCAGCUCCUGAGCCCAUAUUCGCAUCCUCACCUCCGUAUGCGGGAAUGCCUCGUCAGUAUCCCGCACAUGAACGCGGGAGAUACCAUCUGGUGGCAUGCCGACAUGUGUCACGCCGUUGAAGUCGAACACACGGGAGACCACGAUUCCAGCGUGGCUUACAUUGCGGCGACGCCUCGGACGGCGGAGAACAUCAGCUACGUCAAAGGGCAGUUGGAGGAUUUUCUCAACGGUCUCCCUCCGGAGGAUUUCAGAGCAGGUCCAAAGGAGCACGAGUUCAAUCUCUUUACUGGAGAAAAGGGUAUCAUUGGAGAGGCUGGAAGAAGCGCAAUGGGCUUUGGUCUGGUUCGUUAA